CGAACUUUAGUCACCGAACCUUAGGUCUGAGCAGCAACAGGUUGCGCUCUUACAUCCUUCAUGUCACAACGAAAAGAAAUCUACCUUGUCAUUGGAGGCAGCGGUUUUGUUGGCCGUCACAUCGUCGAGCACCUUCUAGCUCGCAGGGACAUCGUCUGUGUAUUCGACAUCGUCCAGCGACAUCACGAUGUCGACUUUUAUUCCGGUGAUAUUACGGACGAAUCCCAGUUACUUGAUGUAUUGCAAAAGACUGGUACGACGUGUAUAAUCCACACCGCUUCACCACCACACGGUGCCAAAGAUCCAACUAUAUAUUAUAAAGUCAAUGUCGAUGGCUGCAAAGCCGUCAUCAGCGCAGCACAGGCCGCUGGUGUGACAAAGCUAGUGUACACAAGCAGCGCCGGUGUCGUUUUUGAUGGUGGUGACGUUGUCAACCUCGACGAACGUGCUCCAUUCCCGGAGAAGCCAUUUGAUGCAUAUAACGACUCAAAAGCACAGGGAGAGAAACUCAUCCUCGAGGCCAAUGGCAAGGGCGGACUACUGACUGUUGCUUUACGGCCUGCAGGCAUUUUCGGUGAGGGUGACCGUCAAAUGAUGGUAGGCCUCUACCAAGCUUACCAGCGUGGACAAACCCACUUCCAGGUCGGAGACAACAAUAACCUCUUCGACUACACCUACGUCGGUAAUCUCGCCAAAGCACAUCUAAUCGCCGCCGACAAACUGUCCUCUCCCUCACUUCCUACAUCCUCAGAAGAGACCCUCACUACCGACUCCCUUAAAGCCGAGCUUCACCUUGAUCGUGCCCUCCAGCCUGUCAGCGCAACAAUCGGGGUAAAUCGAGUUCCAACGUGCGAAGCACGCCCUCUAGGACCAUACGUCACGCUGCCGCCUAAUGCUACCGAAAUAGAGGCAGCGUUCACCGCUCCACGCCAUCCACACACUCCCGCGCACCGUAUCAUACGAUCCCGAUUCGACCAGUUCUCCGAAAAUUCCAUUGAUCUUGCAGAGACCUCGCCGCUGCAGGUUGCGGGGCAGGUGUUUUUCAUCACGAAUGGCGAGCCGGUGUAUUUCUGGGACUUCAUGCGCCUUAUAUGGCUUGCGCUCGAUCCGCCUUCGUCGAAGUCCCCGUCGGGCGCAUCGGAGCGGGCUCAGAGGCCCGCGUGGGUGGUUCCUAGGAGCUUUGCGAUGGUGCUGGGUUUUCUUGCGGAGUGUUGGGCGUCCUUAAUUGGGAAAGAGGCUGGGUUUACGCGAUAUAGGGUUGGGUAUAGCUGUGCCACGAGGUACCACAACAUCGAGAAAGCAAGGCGUGUGCUUGGGUAUGAACCGGAGGUCGGGCUGGAGGAGGGUGUCAGAAGAAUGGUGGAGUGGUUCAAGCAGGAGAACAACCUUCCAUGAUGGCUUUGGAUUAACUACUUAAUCUCGUACCUGUACACUUCAUUCUGCCCCAUUUCAUACUUUAUUGAUACCAGUGGUGACCUUCGGUCGUUGCUUUUAUUGCCAUUGUCAUGUCAUUUCAUUACAAAACCAGACUAUAUUUUUUAGUCCCUCUUUCCUUGACUUCGGACAAUCAUUGGAGAACAUUUAUCAUCUCUUGUGUUAUCCUCUUUUGAAUUCAUUCAGGCCGGUCCGAGCCUUCCACUCGCCAAGAACGUCCCAACGGCGAAAAUCGCACUUGAAUGAUCAUGGAGUUCGACAUGGCCACGUGGAGAGUCAGUCCUUCACUAGUUCAUGCCCCUACUCAUUGUCUUUCCAGCGAGCCAUCGAAAUCUUCUGCACUGUUGAUUCGCCAGAGGGGGGACAUCACACCGCAUAGUUCUCCCAGGAAGUGUGUGGUCCUCUCCACGCUGA